AAACCAGCAUCAACAGUGAGAUGAAGCUGUCGCCUGCAGCCGACUGUGGACAACACAGAUAAAUUAUCACAGUAUUAUGAUGACAUCCAGGCAGAUGGCGGCCUCCGAGUCGGCACUGAUCCCACUGUUUCUGGGCAAACGAAGCUGCAACAUCACUUUUGUCCUGGACAGCUCAGAGAGCACCAGAGCUGUUCUGGGGUCAGUGAAACGCCUCCUGAUCCAGACACUGCUGACCAAAGCUUCACUCAGGGACUCGCUCUUCAACAUCAUGACCUUCUCUAACAAGGUGAGCUGCUGGUCCCACCACAUGCUGCCCUGUGCUCCUGACACAGUGUACACAGCUCUGUCCUGGAUUCACUCCAUCAGCUGCAGCCCCGGCAGGGAUCUCCUGGCCGCCCUGAGUUUGGCCCUCACUGACCCGGCCUGUCACGCCGCCCACCUGCUCGUCGCAGACCUCCCCGACCAGCAGGAGGCUGUGCUGAGAGCCCUGCCCGCCCUGGCAGCUGGGAGGCCUGUCAACGUUUUCUACCUGCAGGACUCAGUCGCUCAGCUGGACAGUAACACCAGAGAUUACCUGCAGUGUCUGACCCAGGCCACGAGAGGGAGCUGUUAUGUGAUUACAGACAGUUUGGAUGGGAAACUGGGGAAGGUGAUUCCUCUGUAUGUCGCUGAGAGCCAAUCAUCAGUGCCGCUGGUCUCUCCGGUGAAGUGCUGCUGUCCGUCCACUUCAGUCAUGAUUCCACAGCAGCACAACCCGUCCUCACCUCUGCUCAGGUGCAGUCUGGAUCAUCCUCCCCGCCCAGCUUCCUCCUGCGUGCUGUCCGGCCGAACCCUUGGCGGUUCAGAGUUUUUCCCUGGAUGCCGUGUGCUGGCCAGGAGGGAGGUGGAUGGCUUCUAUUACCUGGGCACUGUCAUACAGCAAGUUCAGGACCGCACAGCAGUAUGGGUAGUUGAGUUUGACCAUCCAGGAGGCUCUAGUCUGGGGGUCGUCUCCUCCCAGAGGCAGCUGGUUUGCUCCCUGGACAUGGUGAGCCACAUUAAGGAUCAUACACACUGUCUGGUACCUGGAGAUACUGUCCUGUCGCCAUGGGAACCUGGUCUGAGGAGAUACGGGCCGGGGAGAGUGAUGGCCGCCACAGAGCACAGAGGUGGUAUUAGAGCUGACUGUGUUAGGAGUCUCCGGGUGCUGAUGUGGAGCGGCUGUGUGACUCUGGUUCCUGACAGCCUGGUUUUAUCUAUUUCAUCGUCUCACUAUGACAGGAUAGUCAGGGAGCUCCAAAUCCCAACAUCAGCUGCCAGUCAGUGCUGCAGCUGGCUUAGUGCCGCUCGCAGCUCUUCCUGCACUCCCCAGCUGUUCAGCCACGACUGCUCAGCAGCUGCACCUCGCCGCUGUUCCAUCACAGACCACUGGCCCCGCAUGCCCCCGCCCAGUUGUAGGUCCAGCCUCGGAAGAAUGGACGGAUUUGAGUGGGCAGAGCGCGAUAAGCAGGUGGACCUCAAAGAUACAGACAUGAGGAAGAGUGACCCUGAGGUGCCCUCUUCCUCCUCAUCAUCUCUCUCUGAGGAUGAAACAAGAGCAACGUUCCCUCCUGCUGUGAAGCUGAGGAGUGAACAGCAUCGUCCUCCCUGGAGGUACUGGAGGAGAACUGGGCCGGAGCCUCAGCACAGGCAGCCAGGGAGUGCAGUGCCGAGGAGAACCUCACAACCAGUGAGGUUCAGCUUCCCUGUCCCACAGUUCAGCGCCUCGCCAAAUCCCAGCUCUCUGUUUCAGUCACUUCCUGGUGCUAAAGGAAAAAGAGCGAGCGUAAGAGAUGUUUUUGGAACGACCAGCUUCAAACCUCGACCGCCUGUGGGACUGCAGCGUUUUGCUGAGAACAAUGCUACUGCUGUUUACACAUAAAGUCAGUGUGCAGUUGAUGAAACAUGGCCAUGUGUCUAUAUAGUUGGAAAAAACAACAACAAAUAAGAACGUUAAAAAUAUUUUAAUUAAAAAUACACUUUAUUUAAUAGA